AUGGCAGACGUCCCGACUGACUGUGAUUUUCCUAUUUGGGGAUUAUUGCCGAAAAAAGAGACUGGAGUUGUUUCAUUUUUAAAUAAGAAUCCAAAUUAUGAUGGAAGAGACACUGUAAUUGCUAUAUUUGACUCUGGAGUGGAUCCAGCGGCGACUGGCUUGCAGGUCACUCCUAAUGGAGAUAGAAAGGUUAUAGAGCGAUUUGACUGCAGUGGUUGUGGAGAUGUUGAUACUAGCACGGUUAUAAAAGAAGUUGUGGACGGUUGUAUCACCGGCCUUACCGGUCGAAAGUUGAAGAUUCCUGAAUCAUGGCAGAAUCCAUCCAGUACUUAUCGUGUGGGUGUUCUUUAUCCAUUUAGCUUGUAUCCAACAAAACUUAAAGAACGUAUUCAGGAACAUCGCAAGGAACACAUUUGGGAUGUUGGACACAAACCAGCAUUUGCUGAAGCUAAUAAAGGCUUGCAAGAAUAUGAAAAUGAAUCCUCAAAGAGUUCCAAUCUUGGCCUUAUGGAGAAGUUUCAGAAAGAGGAAUUGGAAGCAAGGGUUGAUAUUCUCCAGAAUGCAGAAAAGAAAUAUAAUGAUGUCGGACCCACUUAUGAUUGUGUACUCUUCCAUGAUGGAAAUGUGUGGCGUGCAUGCAUCGAUACAUCAGAGUCUGGGGACUUAGCAUCUGGACCACUUCUUGGGGAGUACAGUAUAACACAGGAACACACUCAUUUAACUCCAUUAGAUGAAAUGACCAUCAGCAUUAAUGUUCAUGAUGAGGGACAGACUCUAGAAGUUGUUGGAAUGUGCUCGACUCAUGGUACACACGUAGCUGCGAUAGCCGCCGGCUAUUUCCCCGACAACCCUGAGUUAAAUGGCGUCGCUCCUGGAGCCAAGAUCGUCUCUUUGACUAUUGGAGACAGCCGACUGGGAUCAAUGGAGACGGGUACUGCUCUGGUGCGAGCCUGUAUUAAGGUCAUGGAACUCUCGAAAAGGAUGAAGAUUGACGUCAUCAAUAUGAGUUAUGGAGAGCAUGCGCAUUGGUCUAAUGCUGGGCGCGUCGGUGAGGUGAUCUGCUCGGUGGUGAACCGGUACGGGUGCUCGUGGGUGGUGUCGGCCGGCAACCACGGACCGGCGCUGUGCACCGUAGGGGCCCCGCCGGACAUCGCGCAGCCGAUACUCAUCGGCGUCGGCGCGUACGUGUCGCCGGAGAUGAUGUCGGCGGCGUACUCGAUGCGCGCGCGGCUCGGCGGCGGCGCCUUCAGCUGGAGCUCGCGCGGGCCCGCGGCCGACGGCGCGCGCGGCGUCAGCGUGUGCGCGCCCGGUGGCGCCGUCACCUCGGUAGCUAGGUUUACAUUAAGAAAUUCUCAACUCAUGAAUGGCACUUCGAUGGCGGCGCCCCAUGUUGCCGGUGUAGUUGCGGCCUUGGUGUCCGGAUUGAAGGCGAAGAAUUUACCUUAUUCACCAUACUCUAUAAAAAGAGCAUUGGAGAACUCUGCUACGUAUCUGAGUCACGUGGAACCCUGGGCGCAAGGCAGUGGGCUAGUUAAUAUUGAAAAGGCAUUCGAACAUUUAACUACUUAUUCGGCGGAACCCGAACGCGAUGUUACCUUUAACAUUCAGUGCGGAACUAAUAAUGCCAAGGGGAUUUUAUUGCGACCGAAAUUGGAUGAUUUUCCAAAGGACAUUGGUAUUACAGUUGAGCCACAAUUUUUACAGAACCACUGCGAUGAAGAGAACAAGUCGAUAAUUCCGAAGCAGAUCGAGUUCGGCAUUCGGCUUGUGUUGACGUGCGACGCGGCGUGGAUCUCGCUGCCGAGUUUCCUGGACAUGAGCAACGCGUCCAGGCCCAUCGCGGUCAGAGUGGACACCACUGCGUUACCGCCGGGACCGCACUAUGCUAGUAUAAACGCGUACGACGUGUCGCGCGUGGACAAGGGCCCGGUGUUCAGCGUGCCGGUGACGGUGCUGCAGCCCGGCGCGCUGCACCCCACCAGCGCGGGCGCGCCCGCCUUCCACUGCGCGCGCGACCUGUUCCGCCCCGCGGACAUACGGAGGCAUCUCGUCAUCGUGCCCCCGGAAGCGACGUGGGGAGUCCUUAAGAUAUCUACGGAGGAGAAAGACAAAACUGGUCGUUUCUUGGUGCACACAAUGCAGAUGUUGCCGAGGCGAUCGUGCCGCUGUCACGAAACCCAGAAGAUGAUCAAUGUCACGUCGGAAGCGCCUACGUUACUGCCCUUCCAAGUUAUGGGCGGGGUGACUCUAGAGGUGGCCAUAGCAAAAUACUGGGCCAACAUCGGCGAUCUGACGGUGAACUACAGCGUGGAGUUCCACGGGCUGAAGCCGGACUGCGGUCCGCGCGUCUGCCUCACCGCCGUCGAGGGCGUGCGCUGCCUCAGCGUGGGCGCGCUGCGGCUGCAGGAGGUGGCGCCCCACGCCGUGCUCAAGUACUCCGAGCCCGUCUGUAGGCCAACAGAGUCCAAGUUAGCGCCACUGACGGCUCGAGACGUGAUACCACCGAGUCGGCAGAUAUAUCAGCUCAUCAACACAUAUAACUUCCACAUAGCUAAAGCUACAGAGGUGUCACCAAUAGUAUCGUUAUUAUGCGAUAUGCUUUAUGAGUCUGAGUUCGAGUCACAGAUGUGGAUGUUAUAUAAUAGUUGUAAACAACUUAUGGCAGUAGGAGACGCUUAUCCUUCUAAGUAUUCCGUGAAAUUGGAAAAGGGGGAAUAUGUUCUGAAGUUAAAUGUUCGUCACGAGAGUCGAUCUCUCCUGGAGAAACUUCAAGAGUUGCCUGUUCUCAUACAGCAGAGGUUACCACAACCUUUAACACUGGACGUCUACUGCUCACAGCAUCAGGCGUUGAUUGGUGGGAAAAAAUUCAGUUCAGCGUCGCUGUCUAGUGGGAGCGUGAUGCCACUAUAUUUCACCGCUGUGCCUUCAGAUAAAAUCAGCCGUUCAAAUCUAACAGUGGGUCAAACGCUAACUGGAACAGUGACGUUCGCAAAGGAUGAAUUAGGACGUAAAGUGGACACUUACAAUCUCCAGUAUUUAAUAUGUGAACCGCCCAAAAGACCUAAUAACACCAAAGAAAAGGAGAAAACGAAACCCAGCGAUGAUUAUAUGGAAGCUUACAAGGAAUUCUCCACCAAUUGGCUGGGGAAGUUGGAUGGUGAAAAGCUAGAGCAGGUUUAUGAAGAAAUAUUGGAGAAGUUCCCCGGUUAUCUUGGAGCGCACAUUGCUUACAUGAAUGCUUUAGACCCACCCACGGAUCCAAAGAAGUUACCUCGCGUGAACGAAGCCCCCGAUGUGACGACGGCGUGGUGUGAGAAAAUUAUCACUAUAGCAGAUAAGGUAUUAAAAGCAAUAGAUCAAGACAAGUUAUUAGCGUAUUUAGGAAUGAAGAAUGACAGUCGAGGUGAUGCCAAUAAAAUAAAACAGGAGCAAGAGAAACAGCGUGGUUACGUGGUGGAAGCGUUAUGUCGUAAAGGCACGGCGUUGUGCCGUUUGAUAGCGCUAUCCGGCCAGAGCGGGAAGGCGCCGUUGAUGGAUUCACUCGCGGCCACUACCGCCGAUCUGCUCAAGUUCACCGAUCUCACUGAUGGCAAGGUGAUCCACUUCGGUAUAUGGCAUUGCUUCACGCUAAAACAAUGGGGGCGCGCCGUGAAAUUCUUACAAAAGCUCCAGGAGGAGCGGCCGUCUAAAGAAGCCGAGGAGCGUCUAGUCGACGCUUACGCGCAACUGCAGUGGCGACAUCUAGCGCGCAUCACCACCGCCGCCAUGCCCUCCAAGUACCCACACGCAUACCGCCCCUUCUGA